AUGGCAACCGACGUAUUUACGCAAAUACUCAAAGAUCACAAUUGCAUUAAAGGUCUUUAUCGACUAUUCCAAGGCGAAACUGACCCAAAAAAUCGUGAAAAAUUUGCUGAUGGCAUAAUCCGUGAAGCAACAAUCCACACAUACACCGAGGAAAUAGUUGUUUACCGUGCCUACGAGAAAUACAUGCCAGACGGGAAAAAAUAUGCGCAAGAUUCUUUAAAGGAUCAUGAAUUUAUUCGAAAGAUGUUAGUUAAAUUAGAUGCUUCAAGAGUCACCGAUCCUGAAUAUGCUGAGAUGAUGGAUCUUACUAUGAAGGAAUUUGAGAAGCAUGUAAAAGAGGAAGAAGAAGAAAUCCUCCCGAGAUUGAAGAGAUACUUAAAUGAUCAGCUUGUAGAUGAACUCGGGAAAGAAUACGCAAGAAUCAAGCCUACUGUUCCGCAAAAGCCAAAGAUGCAUGAUUAA